AUGACCACGACGAACUCAAAAUCUGGCCCGCCAAGCCAUAUAGCGUCGAUAUUGCGGACUAUCUCAAUGAACUUAAAUGUGAACGAGAGCUGUGAACGGCUGAUAGCUGAUCUCGAGGCCGCUUCACAGCUUCAUAAGCGCGGAAAAGCUUAUAAAACUUUAUGCCAGAUAACUAACUGCGAUCGAACAGUCGUUAGCUGGAAAUUUAACGAGUGGGAUUACGGUAAAAGUAGUAUUCAGCUACCAGUGAACGCUCGAGGGUUAUUCAUUCUAGAAGAUGCUAAACCCCCGCGAAUCGCGGCCCGUGGGUACGAUAAGUUCUUCAACGUUGGCGAAGUACCUUUCACUUCCUGGGAUUGGCUUUCAGCAAAUACUGUGGGCCCAUAUGAUGUGACUGUCAAGGAAAAUGGAUGCAUUAUUUUUGUAUCAGGCUUAGAAGAUGGAACUUUGUUGAUUUGCUCAAAGCAUUCUACAGGUGCCAGAGAUGAUACGGACAGAAAUCAUUCCAUAGCAGGCGAGAAGUUUUUAGCAAAGCAGCUUCAAGAGCACAAUAUCGAUUCUCGAGCGCUGGGGCUAGAACUUUAUGAUAUGAAUGCUACAGUAGUAGCCGAGUACUGUGACGAUACUUUUGAGGAACACAUCCUUGAAUAUUCUGAAGACGCAGCUGGUCUUUACGUUCAUGGGAUCAACAUCAACUCUAGAAAAUUUGAAACUUUGCCAAUUUCCGAUGUAACCACAUUUGCAGACAAGUAUGGAUUUAAAAAGGUGAACUACUUCACGAAACAUGACAUAUACAGCCUCCGGAAAUUCUUGGAGCAAAGUGCGUUGGUUGGUUCUUACGAAAAUAAAGAAAUUGAAGGGUUUGUCAUUCGGACAAGGCUGCAAGAUGGCUCACCCUUUUUCUUCAAAUUCAAGUUUGAAGAGCCAUAUUUAAUGUAUCGUCAGUGGAGAGAGGCGACAAAGAGAUACAUUGAGACUAAAUCUCGGGUUUUUAGUUUUAAAAAACACAGAUUCAUCACAAACAAGUAUCUCGACUUUGUGAUUCCUCUUCUUGAUGCUGAUGAGCAACUGCGUGACGAUUAUAUGAAAGAUCUUGCCAUUAUACGGUUGCGCAAACUCUUCUUGCUGGACUAUGGUCUAUCUGGAUUAGAAAUUUUGAAUAGCGAGAAGAUCAAGGAACUUGAACGCGAGAAUGCAAUUGAUUACAAUACUGUUGAUUCAAAUACAAAAUUUAUGUUCUUUCCUAUUGCGACAAUUGGUUGUGGCAAAACGACAACGGCCCUGACAUUACAAAACCUGUAUCCAACACAGUGGGGCCAUGUCCAAAAUGACGACAUUAGCGGCAGAGAUAAGGCAAUGCUGAUGAAGAAAUCUUUGGACAUCCUUGCGCAAGAUGGUGUCAAGGCUGUGAUUGUGGACAGAAACAAUCAUCAGUUCAGGGAACGAAAGCAGCUAUUUGAGUGGUUUGCAGAACUCAAAGAAAAGUAUAUGCCUUACGACUGCAACGUCAAAAUUAUAGCGCUGUCUUUUCUGCCGUACGAAGAUGUUGAGGAGACGUCGAAGCUUACAAUCACUAGAGUUUUAGCCCGCGGUGACAGACACCAGAGUAUCAAGGCCGAGAAAGACGGCGAAAAGAAGGUUCUGGGGAUAAUGCGAGGCUUUAUUAAUCGUUAUCAGCCACUUGAUGUUAAUAAGGAGCCAGAUAAUCUCUUUGACUACGUCGUCACUCUACGUGUACUGGAGCGUGAUUCAUCGCGCAGCAAUGUGCAAACAAUUUUGCACGCAUUGAAGGCUAAGUAUCCCAUUCUGGUUCCGGAAAUGCCUUCUCAAGAGCGUAUCACUAGUGCUUUUGAGAAAAGCUUGCAGUAUGAGCCGACAAUAACCAAGAUUAUUGGUGGAGGGAACAAAAGCGAUACUAAAGGAAAGAAAUUGAAACCAAUAUAUUUCUCGGCAGAGAUAAUGGAUAGAAGAUCAUUUUUGCAAGUCAUUCGCGACACAAGUUCACAAAUUUCAACUGUUGGAUCCUCGCCAAUUUCUGAGGCGGAAGAAGCGGGAAGAGUGUUGCGCAAUCUUCAUAUAACGUUAUGUCACUGGGCAAGCUGCAAGAAAGGCACAAAGGGGGAAAAGGACAUUUGGUGCGAAUUCAAUAAGCGCUACAUCAAACUUUUGAAACAGACUAGCUCUCAUUCUGAGGAGUCGCCCAAACAUCUCAAAACGAAGGAUAAAGUCAAGUUUAGAUUGACGCGAUUAUUGUGGGAUGACAAGAUCAUCACGGCUACAGUGAACCUUUUGGAUGAUGGGAUCAUUGAUGGAGAUACAGGUGACGCGAUCCCGCGGUUGGCCUGCACAAACGAGUUCCCGCACGUAACUCUGGCGCUUUUAAAAUCGGAAGUGAACCCAUUUUACUCGAACACCCUCUGCAAAUACAUGAAUGAACAUCACGGACUGCUUCAAGGGACCUUUGAGGACGGGACAGGUUGUUUAGAACUCAAACAUGGCCCCGAAAUGACGGCCGAUAUCUGCAUCAAUUUAUAA